ACGAGAUGGCCCGUCCUCUCCCUAUCCAAAGGCUCUCUCUCCACGAGCUCUGUUCACAGCUGCUCCUGUUGCCGUGCUCCCUCACCACGAGCUCUCUCUUCCUUGCUGCUCCCUCUUCUCGGCGAACUCUUUAUCCCGUGCUCUUCCUCCCUCGAUGUGGCGCAAGUUCUUCUCCAUUCAUGGAAGCGAGCCGGGACGACUUGGAGGCGUGUGCUACAGCCCACGAGCGCGGCCUAGCGCGCGUCAUCGUCACAGGUGCGGGACGCCACGUCAGCGGAGCUGGGCCCGUGCCCGUCAUCAGCAUGGCUGUGCAUGGGGCGCGCCGGAAGACGGUGUGCAUUGCGCGGCGCGGCUGUUUGAGGAAACAUACGUGAAGCUGUGAAGGCGUCGGGCCACCGGCGCACACGCGAGGAUUCGGAGCUCACGGCUGCGGCGAAAAUUUGGCUCCAGAUGCUCACUCCGUUGGUUAGCCAGCUCCAGCCACCAGCUCCAGCCAGCCCAACAGUAUUUUUCUCUCACACCAUUCCAGCUACAGCCUCCAGCUCCAGCCUGCCGAACGCAGUGGCUGUUUCUUGCGAGGCAGAUGCUGCUGAUUUUUUUUAUUGCAGAUGCUGGCAUGCUGCUGAUCUUGGGCGUGCGGGGAAACUGAGUUUGGCACGCGUGCGUCUUCCUCCCGCCGGCCCAACGCCGGCCACCGCCCACUUCUCGAGCUCCAACCCCAGACCCGCCCACCUGACCUUCUCCUCGAAGCGCGCCCCCGCCUCUCGCUACGCCGCCGCCGCCGCCGCCAAUGAGCCGCCGGCCCCCAUCGUCGUCGUGGGCUCGGCCAACGCCGACAUCUACGUCGAGGUCGACCGCCUCCCGCUCGCCGGCGAGACCGUGGCGGCCCGCGCGGGGCGCAGCCUUCCGGGCGGGAAGGGCGCCAACCAGGCGGCCUGCGGCGGGCGGCUCGCGCUGGGCCCCACCUACCUGGUGGCGCGCGUGGGGGACGACGCAAACGGGCGGCUCCUCGAGGGCGCGCUGGCCGACGCCGGCGGCGUCCGCACCGACCGCGUUGCGCGCGCGCCCGACGCGCCCUCGGGGCACGCCGUCGUCAUGCUCAUGCCCGACGGGCAGAACUCCAUCAUCAUCGUCGGCGGAGCUAACAUGCAGGGCUGGGCCGCUGGGAUCGGCGCGGAGGACCUGGAAUUGAUCCAAAAGGCUGGGGUGCUGCUGCUGCAGAGGGAGAUACCCGAUUGGGUCAACACGCAGGCUGCCCAGGCUGCAAAAAGUGCAGGCGUGCCUGUUAUCAUGGACGCUGGUGGAAUGGAUGCUCCUGUACCUCAAGAUCUACUCAGUCUAGUGGAUAUUUUUAGUCCAAAUGAAACAGAACUAGCACGGUUGACUGGGAUGCCUACUGAGACAUUUGAGCAGAUCAGCCAGGCUGCAGGAGAAUGCCAUAAAAUGGGUGUGAAAGAAGUACUAGUUAAACUUGGAUCGCAGGGAUCUGCUUUGUUUGUUGAGGGAGAGAAGCCAGUCAGACAGCCGAUUAUUCCUGCCACAGAAGUUAUUGAUACCACGGGGGCUGGUGACACUUUCACCUCAGCUUUUGCUGUAGCUCUGGUUGAGGGGAAGUCUAAGGAGGAGUGCAUGAGAUUUGCUGCCGCUGCUGCCUCCUUGUGUGUUCGAGUGAAGGGUGCUAUACCCAGCAUGCCUGACAGAAAGUCAGUGAUGAAGCUUCUGGAAUCUGCGCAAGUCGAGUAGCUGCAGAAUGCAUCGAUUGUUCAAAGUCGGUCUCAUCCAUCGGCAAUAAUGGCCUUCUCCAGUACGCGGAAUUCGUGGAAUCGUGGGAUCCAUGGAGCGUCGCCGCACCUUCACGUGCGUGCUCCCCCAAAUAAUGCGAGUGCGUCUCCAAAUGGAAACGCAUUUCCCGGUGCCGCCCGGAGUAGCAAACCUCCUCCAAAAAAAAUAAAAAUAAGAAGCGACGUCAUGUGCGCCUACGGCCACACGACCGUUUCCAUACAUCCUCCAGUUUCUUUUUUGUUCCUUUUUUUUUGGCACCAUCCUCCAGGUUUCGUGAACACGAUGAACGGUUCGAUCUGGAACUGCCUUCCAUCCUGCCAAUGCCAUCCCAUCCAUCCUCUC